UCUCCGGGGCUCCCGCUGGUACCGGAACAGUAGCAGCAGCAGCAGCAGCAGCAGUAGCUCCCCGCGCGCGCACCGCGCUAAGGAGUUUACCUGGAAACAGCCGGUCAAGCACCGCGCACCUGUGCACGCGCCUCGAGGAGCGCACGAGUGGAGAGAGAGAGGGGUACAGCGGAGUGUCCCGGCAGGUGACUCGGAUAACGCCACGCGGACUCCGCGCGCUCCCCAAGGUCCAGUCUAUGAUGAGGGUUGGUGAGGACGGUGUGUGGGGGGGUUGUGUGGACUCUCGGGGAUUCUCAGAGAUGUGAUCACAGCAGUGUUAUCCUCUAAACUCUGGGUUAAGAAGUAACUUGUUGUGAACAUUUACUGUGGACCUCAACCUCACUCUACCUUACUCAGUCCUCAGAAUAUGCCAGAGUGUCAUCAUGAACCUGACGUCGAGCUCCAAGACUGGACUAUUCACCAAUAGCUCUCCUGGGAUGAGAGGCUACCCCGAAAUCGCCAUCAUCCCUCAGGACCUCUGGCCAGAGACAGACGGCCGACCUGCCAACACCUCCCUCCUCACACGGGGCUCCAACACCACCGGCACCCAGGAUGCUAUACUCAUGCCUACCGUGGUGUACGACCCGCUUGGUGGCCACUCCAUUUGGCAGGUCAUUAUAAUUGUGCUGUUGACGGGGUCACUGUCGCUGGUCACCAUCAUCGGGAACAUCCUGGUGUUGGUAUCGUUUAAAGUCAACAAGCAGCUAAAGACGGUGAAUAACUAUUAUCUGCUGAGUUUAGCAUUUGCAGACCUUAUCAUCGGGGUUCUUUCGAUGAACCUCUACACCACGUACCUUAUUAUGGGCAAGUGGGCACUUGGUAACUGGGCAUGUGACUUAUGGCUAGCCAUUGACUACGUGGCUAGCAACGCCUCCGUCAUGAACUUGCUGGUGAUCAGUUUUGACCGAUACUUCUCAGUCACAAGACCACUAACGUACCGGGCCAAAAGGACCACUAAGAGAGCGAUGACCAUGAUCGGCCUGGCCUGGUCUAUUUCCUUUGUGCUCUGGGCUCCUGCCAUCUUGUUCUGGCAGUUCUUUGUCGGGGAGCGAACGGUUCUUCCAGGAGAAUGCUACAUUCAGUUCCUCUCAGAGCCGAUAAUCACGUUCUGCACCGCAAUUGCAGCCUUCUACCUGCCGGUGACCAUCAUGACGGUCUUGUACUGGCGGAUCUAUAAGGAGACGGAGAAUCGCUCCAAAGAUCUGGCAGGGCUGAAAGGCUCGGGGAACCAAGGCAAGCAAGGAAACCAAGGAAACCAAGAGGAAGCCACUGCCAUGAUGCCACCAACUGGUAGCUCUCAUAGCUGCAGCAGCUACACAUUAAACAACCAACCGGACAGAGCGAAGGAAAGACGGCGGAAGAAAGCAAGCCGCCAUUUCCGAUUCUGGAUGCUUGGGCACAAAAGUGGUGGCGGUGGUGGUGGUGGUCGCAAACGCCGCAGUGCCGGCGACCCAGAGCACAGCAGCAGCGACAGCUGGAACAACAACGAUGCUGGAGCCUCAAUGGAUCAAUCAGAUGAAGAAGAAGAAGAAGAGUGUGCAGAGUCAAGCGCCAUCUACACCAUCGUGAUGAACCUCCCCGGAAUGAACGAUGUGCCCAACUCUGGACAAACCCUAAGUGACACAUCCAAGCAAGACCAUCUGAAGCCUGGAGAGAUCACUGUGGAAAGACCUUCAGGUAAAGGCUUCUCCUCCAAAGUUUCCUCCCAAUCCCUGCCCGUCACGGAGAGUGCUAAACCUUCCGGAGGCUCUCCCGCCUCGAAAUCGCCCCUUUCCAUCAAGGACACGGCUGCGGCCAAGCGUUUCGCCUCAAAAGCCAAGACCCAAGCCAACAAACGCAAGAAGAUGUCCCUCGUCAAGGAGAAGAAGGCAGCUCAAACUUUAAGCGCCAUCCUCUUCGCCUUCAUCAUCACGUGGACUCCCUAUAACAUAAUGGUCCUGGUGAAUACGUUCUGCGACGACUGCAUUCCGGCGACGCUGUGGGCUCUGGGAUACUGGCUGUGCUACGUCAACAGCACGGUGAACCCCAUGUGCUAUGCACUGUGCAACAAGACCUUCCGCACCACCUUCAAAAUGAUCCUGCUGUGCCAGUGGGACAAGCAGAAACAGAUCAAGCCACAGUUCCAGCAGCGGCAAACGGCGGCGGCGUACAGGAAGAAGGAGCUGAUGUAGAAUGAUGUGGAAACAUAGACGAUGUCAUGUUCUAAGACAUUUCAGACGUUCUCAAAAAGUUUUUAAGACGUUCUGAGACCUUCUCGGAUUUCCAAGACUGUGGAAGCGGUUUCAGUAUUUUUCUUAGAAGCGGUUUCAAUAUUUCUAGGCAAAAAAGAACCAUAAUGAUGCCUGAGACAGUGGGAUUAACAGAUAUUUAAUCCCUAAAUAUAGGGCUGUAAUAAAACAGAGAAAGUAUACUGUACCUUCACUGUCGUCAUCGCCUCUGGAUUUGACUCCCUCUUCAAGGCUCAAAGUGGCCAAUGGCCAGUGGCCAGUGUUUCCCAGCCUCCUCUUGUUCCAGCACAGUGUAGUGCGAGACAGAGGCGAGAUAUUGUGGGAGUGACGAGUGAUGUAAAUCUUUAUAAUGAACAUUUCUGUGACAGUGUUCCACUUUUGAGCCUGGUGUUUUGUUUCUGAUGUAUUCUGAUGCCAUUGUGUACAAGGUAACCGUCACUGACCUCGUUCACACCUGGCAUAAGCAUAAGCAUUGGCACCCUGGGUGAUCCAAUUGUGGAAAAGUGGCAGCUGCUGGGGGGGAGGGUGUUUUGUGGGAGUUAUAUGACAAUAUUUUAUCGUAUCAUAUCAAUUCUGUUACCAUUGUACAAAAUAUACUUUUCAGAGCAAAAAGUGGAAAUUGUCAUACUUUUGAUCAACCCUGAUAAAAUACUUAUUUCUUUAAAAACAGUGUAAUUAAUCCUGUUUAAUUUGAUUUGGACUGAAAACUCCAUCCAAACUAAACUGUAAGACAAUGCGGCCAAAUUUUGUAUUCAUAUUUCAGUCAUAAUUUGUUUGCUACUAUUUAAUUCUAAUCCUAAAACUCUAUGUCAACACACACUGGCACUGCCAGGAUACUGCAGUUCAUAGUGUUCUGCCCUUUAUUUAACCCUCCUGUUAUGUUACGGGUCAAAUUGCCUCGUUUUAAAGUUUGAAAAUCUAGGAAAAAUAGUUAUAAGUAUUUUUCAGUUUGAAACUUCUUCCGCUUCUUCAGUUUAUUUAACAUAUAAUAUGAAAAUGGUUCAUUUCACAUAUUUGCAACUAGCUAAAACUUGCUAAAACUAAAACAAAAUUGUAAUGUUAUUUUUUAAUAUUAUGUAAAACUACAGUGUUUUAUAUGUCUAUAGGUCUUUUAAAAGUAAUAAAGUAGUGAAAUGUUAAAGUUUGAACAUGCAUUUUUUAUGAAAAACGAGUGAAUUAUCCUAAUUAAUCUGUUACCUGUUAGAGGUAAUGAACACCGUUGCGGCAAAUUUUGAUAAAAAAAUCUAUUAAUACAGUUAGUAAUUAAAUAUUCACUCUGUUUGUAUUUUUCUUUGCUGUUCCUGACAAGUGAACCUAGCAGGAGGGUUAAGCUGCACCUUUGUUCGCCCUUAAAAUUCCAAUAAAUACAUACAUAUUUCAAUGUUAAAGUGGUAACGCAUUCAAUUAAUUUGAAAUCAGUAACAAGUUUUUGCUUUUUUUUUAACUCGGUUAAUUAUGCCACCAACCUGAGAUUUUUUUCUUGAGCAGUUCGCUUGUGGUGAAAGGUGAUCUGGUCUCGAUUCGACCCAGCUAUGAAAUAUACUUCUUUUUAAUUGAGCUAAACUGCUGAUAAGGCGCAGUUUAAUCUGAUAUAUUAGCCAGAUAAUAUACUGCUAUGAACAAACACCGUUUGCUGCUGCUCCAUGCUGUUUACACACUGAGUGCAGCAUGUGCAGCAUUCACUGCUCACAUCUGCAUAAUGUUUUUGUAGUGUACCUUAAAUGUAUUUAUUAUGAUAAAUAUAUGAUAUAUGAUAUCAAAUUAUUAUCCAGCCCUACACUAACCAUAACAGGCUCAGCCUCUAGUCCCGCCUCCAGCAGAAACCACUCAUAGGAGAAACAUGAUAUGAGUUUUGGUAAUAAUCUAUAAUCAGUUAAUCCAGGAUUCAGGUGUUUAAUGCCGGGUGUGAGCAGGUCGGUGAUGAGUACCGGCUGGGCGGAGUGUUCUGGUUUCUGUCGUGAUUUUUACAGAUUAUAGUAUUUUUCUGCACAGGAGUCGCUUUACGGAGCUGCUUAUAUACGAGUUGUGUGAGGUGGUAUUUAUCCGGUUCUAGACGCGCGGUUCCGUCCUCAUUACUCUGCUCUUCAUUCUGUACAGAUCAUUUUAUAGAUUUUUUUAAAGCUGUACUCGGAUAAGGAGUAUUUAUCGUGCAGCAAAGUUUUGGACACAUUUUGCAAUAAAAACAAAGUCAAAGGAAGGACAUUUUAAUAUGGUGUUAAAUGUUUUCUUAAUAUACUCUUAAAAAUAAAGGUGCUUUAACCAGAUCUUUGAGUGAUACCAUAAAACCUUAUGUAUAAAAAUAGCCUUUAAAAACCUAUUCAAACAUGCAUAUAUGCAUGCAAAAUUAAUUUAAGAGCAUAUUCUUAGAAACUGAAGAGACAAUACAUGACAAUCACAUGUAUUAAACUUACUUCAGUAAAAUGAUAUAUUAAAACUGCACAAAAUAAAUAAAAUUACAUAAACAAAAUGAGAUAUUUCACUUCUUUUUUGCAUUUAAAGUACAUCAGUAAGAACUCUCUCAGUCUCUUUUUCCCCCAAAUAUAAAAGAUGAGUACAAAAUCAGAUGAGCAUUAUUUUUUAAUGUAUUUAUUUUUUACAAGCUGUCCCCCACCCACCAGUUAAGAAUUGCUGCCAUAAAAUAAUCACUUUUAGUCCAAUAAGAAACCAUUUUUGUAAAUCUAGACAUUGAUUAAGAUUGAUUUAGAUUAAAUGAAAUUAAUUGUGCACACAAAUUACCAUUACAAACAUGGUAUCGCUCAAAAGAGCUAUUCAAAACACUUUUAUGUUUGAGUAUAUUAAUAAAAAUUUAUAAAAAUAAAUAAAUAAAAUUGUAAAAUUGUUUGGAUUAUAUGAAGAUCAAUGCUGCCCUCUAGUGGUUAAAGUUGGAGAAAGAAGACAUUGAGAAGAAUUAGAAGAAUGUUUUUUAUUAUUAUUUAAAGCACAUGCAUUUUAUUUAUAUAGUUGUAUUUAUUUCUUUAUGUUUUUUGUAUCAAUAAACCAUGUUUUGAUAUACCAUUGAUGGAUUAUUAUCACUGUUUUCAGAAAUCAGUGAUAUUAAUUAGGAGUUUUCACACUUUUGCUGCAAUUUUGUCCUUUUUACAGUAAAAUUAUAACAAUAUGUUUUCUCCUGUUUUUAUCUUAUGUUUAAUCUUAUGAAUUUAUUUUUUUAUUUACUGUUUUAAAUGUAUGUAUAGACUAUUUUUAAAAUCUGAUAUCAGAGCUUUGAAAAUUUGGUGAAUAAUAGGGAUCUCUCUCUUUCCCACACUUUCCUAUUCUUGGAGACAAUGAAACAAUAAUAAUAAUAAUAAUAAUAAUAAUAAUAAUAAUAAUAAUAAUAAUAAUAAUAAUAAUAACAAUAAUAAUAAUAAUAAUAAUAACAAUAAUAAUAAUAAUAACAAUAAUAAUAGCAAAUAGCAAAAAACAAUUUAAUUUGUUUAUAAUAGUACAUUGAGUUUAUUCAAAUUAUUACAAUUGACCCCUUACAAUAAGUAUCCCUAUAUUGACCAUUUCUCCUUUUUGAGGGUAAUCAGAUUUCUUUUUUUUCACUUUUGUAAAAGUACAUUUUAGAACCCCAACAAAAAAUGAAAGGUGGGUGCAGAGCAUGCUGGGAGUUCUACUGAGAAACCAGUUAUUUUAGUUUAUUUUAACCUCGUAGUAGUUUCAAUUACCAUAACAAACAUAUAAAUAUAGUCUAUAAAUUUAUACACACAGUAUCAGUCAAAAGUUUGGACGCUUUUUAAUUAUUUUACUUUUACAUUUUUUGCAUUGUAGAUUAAUACUAAAGUCAACUAGUAAAAAAGUGUUAAAUAAAGCAGAAUGUGUUUUAUAUAUUACAUUCUUCAAAGUAGCUCCUCUUGGCUGGAUUUUCUCAGUCAGUUUUAUAAGGUAGAGUCACCUGGAACUCAGGCUUUCAGUUAACAGCUGUGCUGCUGAACUCAUCAAGAGUUAAUUUCAUGUUGAAUUUCUUGUCUCUUAAUAAAGUGUUUGAGAGCAUCAGUUAAAGUAAAGUAGUGAAGAGGUAGAGUUACAGGUAUACAGUGAAUAGUGAAUAUUUGAGUAAUGUUCUAACCCAUAUUAUGAGAAGCAAGAAACACUCAACUAUAUAAAGAAAAAAACUUUAAGAAAUGAAGGUCAGUUUCAAGAGCUUUGAAAGUAUCCUUAAGUUUAGUCGCAAAAAAGACAUUAUGAUGAUGAAACUGGCCCUCAUCAGGACCAUCCCAGGAAAAGAAAGAGCAUAAAAGUUUCCUCUGUUGUACAGGAUAAGUUCAUCAGAGUUACCAGACUCAGAAACCACAAAUUAACAAACAGCUCCCCAGAUAAGGGUAUUUUGGUUUGUUUAACACUUUUAAGUUACGACAUGAUUCUUUAUAUGUUCCUUCAUAGCCUGGAUCACUUCACUAUUCAUUUAAAUAAUAGGGAAAAAAAAACAUUGAAUGAGGAGGUGUGUUCUAACUUUUGACUGGUACUGUAUAUAUAAAGAAAUAAUAAAGGAUUUUUAAUGGUUAAUUAACACCACAGGUAAAGCCUUCAAAUAAGUAAUGAGUCAAAUUGUAAUUUCUAUAUAAAACUCCUAUAAAACAUAUUGUUGUCUAAUAAUUCCGUCCAGUAGGAAAUUACACAAACAUGUUGUGGCUAAUUGAAUGAACCAUUCCUUUAUUAAUUUUUUUAACCAGACAGACUGUUUGCUUUUGCCACUGAUUUUUAUUCUUCAUAAAUCCUAUAUAUAUAUAUUUCCCAUUUCUGUUUUUCAGUUUGCUUAUUAAAAUAACUCAUAACUGCAGUAUGAUUUUUUUUGUAGCUUAAGAGUUCUGAAUGUUUUCUCGGGGCUGUUAAUUUGUGUCUGGCAGCAAAAGAACUUUAUUAUUUUGUUUCUGUAUUUAUGAUUUCUGUUUUAUAUGAUUAUCCCUACAGUUCAGGGUGCUGAUGGGGGACGCACCUCUCACCUGCAGUAGCUUCAGAGGGCCGGUGUGAUCUACAACUGUGAAGUGUGUUUAAUGUUGUAACACAGACUUAUAUAUGUAUAUAGAUUCAGAUUCAGAAUCAUAUGACGGUUGCUUUGUAAGAAUGUUUAUUUCUUAUUGUAUUGUAAUGGAUCAUUUUCUCAUUAAAUAUUAUUAAGGAG